GGCAAUUCGUUUUCACGUGUUCGUUCAAGAAUUCUCAUUACAAGUCAUUGGUAGAAGCCUUCAAAUUGAAGUUUCCUAUACUACUGUAUCUCUGUAAACACAACUCAGACACUUGAUUUUAUACGCGCAAUGAAGAUAAAUAUUGACGGUCUUCUAGUUUAUUUCCCUUAUGAAUAUAUCUACCCAGAACAAUAUCAUUAUAUGAUUGAAUUAAAGCGUACACUGGACGCAAAAGUAAGUAGAAAUCCUAAUCUUUCACAAAAAUUAGGGUCAUGGUGUUUUAGAAAUGCCAUCUGGUACAGGUAAAACAGUCUCUUUACUGUCGUUGGUUGUUGCCUAUAUGAAAGCACGUCCCAAUGCUGUUGAGAAAUUUGUCUAUUGUUCUAGAACAGUACCUGAAUUAGAAAAAGUUAUUGAGGAGUUAAAAGUUCUUGAUAAAUAUUAUGCCUUGGAGACAAAUGAUGCAAAAGGCUGUGGCCUACUUGGACUGAUACUGACAUCACGUAAAAAUAUGUGUAUUGAACGUGACGUUCGAAUGGCUGGUGAUGGGGCUGCUGUCGAUUCAGCGUGUUUUCGCCUGACGGCUAGUUUUGUACGCAAAAAGCAUUUGGAUGAUCCUUCAAUACCGAGUUGUAAAUACUUUGAGGAAUUUGAUUUGAAUGGUCGUGAAAAUCCUAUCCCUCCAGGAAUCUAUAAUAUAAAUGAUAUUAAAGCUUAUGGCAAGAAGCAUAAUUACUGUCCUUACUUCCUUACACGAUAUGCUAUUACAUAUGCCAAUAUUAUUGUGUAUAGUUAUUUCUAUCUGCUUGAUCCGAAAAUAGCUAAUAUUGUAUCCCGUGAAUUACCGAAGAAUUCAGUGAUUGUUUUCGAUGAAGCGCAUAAUAUUGAUAAUGUUUGUAUUGAAUCAAUGAGUUGUUUAAUUACAAAACGUUCAUUAGAAAAGUGUACAACAAGUUUAAAUCAAUUGUCUGAAGCGGUGAAUUCAAUGAAACAGCAUAAUUCUGACCGUUUGAAACAAGAAUAUCAACAACUUGUUGAAGGAUUAAGACAAGCUCAAUUAUCUAAAGAAACUGAUCUUGUAUUAGCUAAUCCAAUUCUACCAGAUGAUAUACUUCAAGCAUCAGUGCCUGGAUCCCUUCGGACUGCAGACAGUUUCAUGUCGUUUCUUCGUCGAUUUUUAGAAUAUGUAAAACUGCGUCUUCGCAUAGCACAUGUAGUGCAUGAAACUCCAAUAGCAUUUUUACGUGAUUGUUUAGACAAAGUUUGCAUUGAUCGUCGACCUCUCCAAUAUUGUUCUGAAAGAUUACGCUCUCUGCUGCACACACUGGAGUUAGCAGAUUAUGCUAAUUUCUCUAGUCUAACUUUAUUGUGUAAUUUUGCUACACUUGUUUCAACAUAUACUCGAGGAUUUUGUAUCAUUAUUGAACCAUUCGAUGAACGUACACCAACGAUUAUUAAUCCAGUGUUAUAUUUUCAUUGUUUGGAUGCUAGUCUGCCUGUACGACCAGUAAUGUCAAGAUUUACUAGUGUAAUUAUUACCUCAGGAACACUUUCACCAUUGGAAAUGUAUCCACGGAUAUUAGAUUUUCAUCCAGUCAAUACAGUUUCAUUUACAAUGACUUUAGCUCGCAAUUGUGUUCUACCCAUGAUUGUAUCCAAAGGGAAUGAUCAAGUCCCAAUGACAACAAAGUUUGAAAGCAGAGAAGAUAUGGCUGUGGUACGUAAUUAUGGUCAACUAUUAGCUCAACUUGCUUCUGUUGUUCCUGAUGGGAUUGUGGCAUUUUUUCCAAGUUAUCAUUAUCUUGAAUCUACAUUCUCCAGUUGGUAUGAACAAAAUAUUGUUGAACAAAUUCAACGACAUAAACUUCUCUUUGUUGAAACACAAGAUGCUGAAGAGACAAGUAUAGCUUUAGCUGCAUAUCAUCGUGCAUGUGAAAAUGGUCGUGGAGCUGUCCUAUUAUCAGUUGUCCGUGGUCGAGUAUCUGAGGGUAUUGAUUUUGACCAUCAUCUUGGUCGUUGUGUUAUUAUGUUCGGUGUACCGUAUGUUUAUACGCAAAGUCGAAUAUUUAAGGCACGUUUAGAUUUUCUUCGUGAACAGUAUAAUAUACGACCGAAUGAAUUUAUCACCUUCGAUGCAAUGCGUCAUGCUGCUCAGUGUUUAGGACGUGCUAUUCGCGGUAAAUCAGAUUACGGUAUUAUGGUGUUAGCUGAUAAGCGUUAUGCACGCGCUGAUAAACGCUUUAAACUACCCGGUUGGAUACAAUCUCAGCUACAAGAUGCAUUUGUUAAUUUAUCUAUUGAAGAAGCAGUACAAGCCUCACGUCGAUUUUUACGUCUAAUGGGUCAACCAUUCAAUAAAGAAGAUCAAUUAGGCUUAGCACUAUUGACACGUGAACAUAUCGCCAAGAUUGUUGCACAAAAUCAAACAGCUUCAGCUAUAUCAAGUGGAAAGUUUAGUAUACAACAAUCGAACACUUCGACUAAUGGUGGUCAUGAUCAAAGCAGUUUAUCAACAGCACAACAAUCACGAAUUGUAACCACAGCAACAACAUUUAGAUAA